GGAGCGUCUGAUUUUUUCCGUCCUGGUUGGAUUGCAUCAGUGGAUACUUGUUUAAUAAAUUGUUGCAUUUUUCUGGACUUUUGUGGAUACGGCGAGAAGGCUCGGUGUUGUCUGCGUUUCAUACUUUUGCGUUGUGCAUUUGUUUCGCUGUCAUGCACAUGCCUGUGUCCGAAGUCCCGGCCUCCCAGAGGCUGGCACUGGAUUGUCGCACCCUUCUGGAUCAUCGUGUUGGCAAGGGGGUUUGUGGUUGUUGUGGGGCUCUCAGGCCUCGCUACAAGAGACUGGUGGACAACAUCUUCCCCGAAGACCCAGAGGAUGGAUUGGUGAAGGCCAACAUGGAGAAGCUGACAUUUUACGCCCUGUCGGCUCCAGAGAAGCUGGAUCGCAUCGGAGCAUACCUGUCUGAAAGGCUGUCAAGGGACGUAGCCCGCCACAGAUAUGGGUAUGUUUGCAUAGCCAUGGAAGCCCUAGACCAGCUGCUGAUGGCCUGCCACUGCCAGAGCAUCAAUUUAUUUGUGGAGAGCUUCCUCAAGAUGGUCCGUAAACUGCUGGAGUCCGAUAAACCCAAUCUACAGAUCCUGGGAACCAACUCAUUUGUUAAGUUUGCCAACAUAGAGGAGGACACACCCUCCUAUCACCGCAGUUACGACUUCUUUGUGUCACGCUUCAGUGAGAUGUGCCACUCUGGCUACGAAGACCCUGAUGAACGCACCAAUAUCCGCAUGGCAGGCAUCAAGGGUCUGCAGGGCGUGGUGAGGAAGACCGUGAAUGACGAGCUCCAAGCCAACAUCUGGGACCCUCAGCACAUGGACAAGAUCGUCCCGUCUCUUCUGUUCAACCUGCAGAGUGGAGGGCGCACAGAGAGUCGCUCCCCCUCUCCACUGCAGGCGUCGGACAAGGAGAAAGAAAGCCCUGUGGAGCUGACAGAGCGCUGCUUCAGGGAGCUGCUGGGACGAGCCGCCUAUGGAAACAUUAAGAACGCUGUCACCCCUGUGCUAAUGCAUUUAGACAAUCAUUCUCUAUGGCAGGGAAAGACCUUCGCCGUGCGGUGCUUUAAAAUCAUCAUGUACUCCAUUCAGUCUCAGCAUUCUCACUUGGUCAUACAACAACUUCUUGGUCAUUUGGAUGCCAACAGCAAGAAUUCAGCCACCAUCCGAGCUGGGAUAGUUGAGGUUUUGCUGGAAGCGGCCGCCAUUGCAGCCAGUGGCUCCGUAGGCCCCACCGUGCUGGAGGUGUUCAACACUCUCCUGCGACAGCUCCGUCUGAGCGUGGACUACGAGUUGACCGGCUCCUACGAUGGCAGCACCAACAUCGGCACCAAGAUCAUCAAAGCUCACGAAGAGAGGCAGUUGCAGGAGGCUGUCAUCAGAACCAUUGGUUCCUUUGCCAACACUUUACCCACUUACCAGAGGUCAGAAGUCAUGCUUUUCAUUAUGGGCAAGAUCCCUGUCCCUGGUAUUCACCCCCUAAUACCUUCUGCAGGUUCUGGACCUGAGAGUACUAGGAUGAUUCAGGUUAUGUUACUUAAGUCCUUGGUUCAGGUGACUGCAGGUUUCCAGACCACCAAUAUGCUGACCGCUCUUCCCAGCUCUUUCUUGGAGCCUCUGCUGUCUUUCUCCCUAACCGAGGACCCAGAGGUUCGACUGCUGGUGCUGCACAUACUUCUUAGUCUCAUUGACAGGCAUGACAACAAGCCCAAAUUCUCUAACAUUAGUAUUAUUACGGACAUCUCUGUGCUGAAACUCAAAGUCGACAAGUGUUCCAGACAGGAUAACUUGUUUAUGAAAAAGCAUGGCCAGCAGCUAUACAGACACAUCUACCUGGGCUGCAAAGAGCAGAGCAGUGGCCGGCAGCACUACGAGAGUCUCUUCGCCUUACUGGGUCUUCUCAGCGUUGAGCUCGCCAAUGAAGAAGUCGUCGUGGACCUCAUUCGCCUGGCGCUGGCUCUGCAGGACCUGGCUCUGUCCACCGAUGAGGCGCUUCCCGUUUAUAACCGUUGUGCAGUUCACGCACUUGCCGGUGCCUACCUCAACCUCAUCUGCCAGCUAACCACUGUCCCCGCUUUCUGCCAGCACAUACAUGAGGUAAUCGAGGCGAGACAGAAGGAAAGUCCAUACCUGUUGCCUGAAGAUGUCUUUAUUGAUAUACCCAGGCUCCCAUCCUCGCUUGACAAAGUGGAAAGUGACUUAUUGUUCCUCCAGUCAAAGAUCACAGAAGUCCUCGGAGGUAGCGGAUACAACACAGAGCGACUGGUAACCCCUUAUGUCCCUCAGUACACUGAUGAGGACCGUCUGUCGAAGAGAAAGAGCAUCGGGGAGACAAUCUCACUACAGGUUGAAGUGGAGUCCCGAAACAGUCCGGAGAAAGAGGAGCGGACUCCAGCUGAGGAGAUCACUUUCGAAACGCUGAAAAACGCCAUUGUGGACAGUGUUGGCAUGGAGGAGCAGGAGCGAGAGCGGAGGAGGCUGGUGGUGGAAAAGUUCCAGAAAGCUCCCUUCGAGGAGAUAGCUGCCCACUGCGGCGCUCGGGCCACGCUGCUGCAGAGCAAACUAAACCAAAUUUUUGAGAUUACAAUCAGACCCCCUCCAAGCCCAUCUGGAACCAUUUCGUCCGGUUACGGCCAGAACCAGACUCGAUCCGUGCCCAUCUACGAGAUGAAGUUUCCCGACCUUUGUGUGUAUUAGACUGUUUAUUCUCCUUGUCGGGGAGGGAGACGUCACAGCCAGAACUCUUACGAACAGGCCACAUUUUUUUGUGAUUACACCCGGCGAAGGAGCUCGUCAUUAUGUAGAAACCUUUCUCAGACUGUCUUUUUUUCCGUCUGCACUGAUUUUUGUUAUGCUUUUUUUUUUUUUUUGCGCCAAAAGUGCUUUCCUUCCCCAUUCCCCAAAUUCUUAUUUUAUUAGUCAGAUAAAAGCUCCUUACACUAAACAGUAGGUGUUCUUAUCCUUUAACAUUGUCCUUCCCAUAUAAAUGUGUAUAUACAGAGGAGAUAUAUAUAUAAAUAUUUAAUAUACAGUGGAGAGGUGUGUGUGUGUGUGUGCAGAUUGUAUAUUUCAAAAUUGGCCACUAUUUAGCUUGUACGUUUUCGUCAAAUGAAUAACCAGCAAUGAAUGACGUUAUCCAAAUUAUGCAUUCAUAAUCAUUUAUAAUCAAGCAGGUUUGGAGACCAGUCCUUUUCUUGUGUUGUUGCCAUAGUAGCAUUCUGAGAGAGUGUGCCACACUGGCGCCGCGGACCACCCCCCCGAAGGAGCGCCUGCCUGGCUCCGCAUCUUUAAGCCAUCUUGAGUACGUACAAAAACACACACUGGCAUAUUUACAAUUUGGGUAAAAAAAAAAAGGCAAUAAAUUAGCACUUCCCCAGCUAACUACUGUCGGGAACAGUGGUUGCAUGUGUUUGGAUUGUGUGUGUGUGUGUGUUUUCCGAUGUUCAAACCACAACCUCUUUGUUGUGAUGCUCCCAACGUCUUAUUAUUACCCUCAGCUUCUGUGAAAUUCACCGCGAUGCGUUUCAAAAAAACACUGGUGUCCUAGAUGCUUUAUGUCCUCACAUGUCAGUGUAGCUGUGCGUGAAUCAAGCCCUUUGUUUUAACACUUUGUAUGUCUUUGUUGUUAUGACCCGAGACCAAACCCAUCUGUCUUGUAACUCGCUCAUUAGGGUCAUUUUGUUUUUUUCGGAGCACAGCUCCUUGAAACCUUGGCGAUCCCAUCUUACUUUUUGUCUGGUUCUAAUUGUAGGUCAAAGAUGCUUAUUCUGUGAACUCUGCACUUUAAAGAAACUGGAUGAUCUAGUGACAAAGGCAGCUUUUUUUAUUUUAUUUUGGAUGAAAGGAAUUUUUUUUAUAUAGCCUAACCGGUGUCCUCCAUGAUAUUGCAUGCAUCGUGUUGUUACCGUGUUGUACAAUAAAGUUGCCCGUAAGUUUA